CUCUGCUGGGCAGGGGUGCCGAUCCAAAUCAGAGAGGCACCAUCGUGAAGAAGGGAAAGCCAUCGUUUCCCCUCCUCGUUGCAGCAGAGUCUGGCAACCCCGCAAUUAUCGACUCGCUCUUGGAAGCGGGUUCAAAAUUAAAUGAUCAGGACUCUGAAGGCUUCAGUGCUUUGCAUGUUGCGGCUGCCUGUCGCACAUCGGACGGGCUCAAGUCACUCCUCCACAAACACGGUGCGGACAUGAAUGCAAGGCUUUUGAACGGCAGUCUACCAAUCCAUUCGGCUGCAUCAAGGGGCGCCCGGGAAAAUCUUGGGAUAUUACUCGAUGCCGGCGCAGACAUCAACGCUAGAAACGACAAUGGUCGCACGCCCCUGCAUUGGGCAGCAGACAAUGGCAACUGGGAGACGAUCGAAGCUCUCCUGGAACGGGGAGCCCGGGUAGAUGUGAAAUCUCAAGACGACGGAGCCAAUACUCCGGUGGACAUGGCUUAUUUGGCAAAGGGUAAAUCACUCUGGGCUGGUAGGAUUUUCUGGGCUGACUGGAAGGACGAGAGGAUAGAGAGGCUGCUGCAGAGACUGAAAGAAGCGUCAGAUUGAGUGAGG